CCUCCCCUAACCCUUUCACAAGAAGCCCUGUUGAGAGUUCUUGAGGAUGAAGCCAUCAUCGUCUCUUUCCUUUCACCUGCUCCUCCUGCUUCUACUGCCACAGUUGCUUAUGGCAGUAUAUGCAGGUGGCCCUUAUCAGAAGGCGCCGGAUGACGACGGUGAUAAGCUAGACAAGCAUUACUACGCACGGAGCUGCCCCAGCUUUGAGGCCAUCGUCGGCAGCAAGAUCGCUCACUGGCACUCCGUCGAUCCCACUCUCAGCCCCGGCCUCAUCAGGUUGCUCUUCCACGACUGCGCCGUCAGGGGAUGCGACGCUUCCAUCUUGCUCGACAACCCGGGAGGGGAGAGGCGGUCGCCGGUGAGCGCGACGCUGAGGGGCUUCCACGUGAUCGACGACAUCAAGGCGGAGAUCGAGAGGCGGUGCCCCAAGACCGUCUCCUGCGCCGACAUACUCGUGGCUGCAGCGAGGGAUGCCACUCUUAUGGUCGGAGGGCCAUACUGGGGGAACGUCUAUGGCCGAAGAGACGGACGCGUUUCCAUUGCACAGCAAGCUGAAGCCCUUCCCAAGGGCCGUGAGAGCAUCACCCACCUGAUCGAUUUCUUCGAGUCAAUGGGCUUGGACAUCCUCGACCUGGUGGUCCUUUCAGGAGCUCACACCGUCGGACGAGCAACGUGCCAGUCGAUACAGUACAGGCUCUACAACUACACAGGCGUCCCGAGCAAGUCCGAUCCGUCCAUCAACCCCAGGUACUUGAACUACCUGAAGAGGAAGUGCCGGUGGCCGUCCGCCUACGUCGACCUCGACGCCACCACCCCAACCAAGUUCGACAACGCAUACUACAGGAACCUCGACAACAGGAUGGGGCUGCUGUCGACUGAUCAGCUGCUGCACUCCGACUCCAGGACGGGGCCGCUGGUGGCGGCGUUGAGCUCUCAGCCGAUGGUCUUCGUGCAUCAGUUUGCCAGGUCCAUGAAGAACCUGGCCGACACCAUGGUGCUCGAGGGGGACGAGGGGGAGAUCAGAACCAACUGCAACUUUGUCAACGAGUAUUGAUGCAGAUGAGUCACUGUGUUGUAGCUGUUCAUGGAUGUCUUCGGUUCAUGCAGUGAAUGAGAAGGAGAUGAAUAAGGAGUUGCAGUGCCAAAUCUGUUGUCAUGCUUUCCACG